AUGCUCGAUUUUAUUGCAGAGGAUUCGAAAGGUGUAUCAACGAUGAAUAUGCCGGUGAAUCAAGCGCUGGAAGGACACAGCGGUACGGUAUUGUGCGCCGCGUGGAACGAAGUGCAUCAGAAACUAACAACAAGUGAUUCCAAUGGUUUAAUCAUUGUAUGGAGCCUUCACAAUGAAACAUGGUACGAGGAAAUGAUCAAUAACAGAAAUAAAAGCGUUGUGGUUGGUAUGGCAUGGAACUAUGAUGGAAGUAAGAUUGCUAUAACGUAUCAAGACGGGCAAGUCAUCGUUGGAACAAUGGACGGGAAUCGAAUCUGGAAUAAAGAACUGCCUGGAACGAUUGCGGCUUGUGAAUGGUCACCAGAUGGAAACUUGCUGCUAUUUGGAAUGGGUGACGGUGAAGUUCACACCUACGACUUCCAGGGGAACUUUGUGAAUCCAAAACCAUCACCUCUCUACAAGGAGAAAAAUGAUGAAGAAAUAAUUACAAACUUCCUUUAUCAAAAGCUUCAUAUGGUUGCUUUGGAAAGCGUCGAACUGGAAACAGCACUAGCAAAAGAUUUGCGUAAAGACAACAUCAUAGCGCUGAAGUGGUAUGCACCUACUCCAAAAUGCCGUCUUCUAGAAAUCGGUGAGUGUCUGUGA